GCGGAAGCAAACUCUAUAGCACUCAGCGACAAUAUCAAAAUUGCAUCCUGGCUCCCACAGAACGACAUUCUCGGCCACCCUAAGACUCGUCUGUUUUUUGGACACGCCGGGCUUAAUGGAAUGUUUGAAUCCAUUUAUCAUGGAGUACCUAUGAUUUGUUCUCCCUUCUUUGGUGAUCAGUUUGAUAAUUCGCAGGCUGCAAAAAGUGCUGGUUUUGCUGAGAGUCUUAAUUUGCGAGAGGUUACGUCAGAAGAGUUGGUCAGCGUUAUUCAGACUGUGCUCACGGAUCCUCGGUGAGUUUUAUAAUUUCGUGUAAUCUUGUCAGUGUAAAAAUCAGUUGGUAGCGUACCAAGAUAAUGGGCCUUGGAAGUGAGUGACAAAUGACCCGGAAGGAGAAUUUGCAGUCUGGCACAAGUUGGACAAACCAUUCCCGGGCACCCCUAUAGGCGAAUAUCUUUGUUUACAUUUUUUGCGUUGUUAACAUAUGCUCAUCAUCAUUAUCAUUAUCUGAUGAAGCUAAUGAAAUAACCUCUGGGCCGGGUUGUUCAAAGCUGGGUUAAGAUAACCCAGGGUUAGCGCAAAAUUUGAAUUGAGAUAUGAAAGCUUAAAGAGUGAAUUCAGUUUAAUCCUUUUUGUCAACAAGUUGAUGAUUAGACGUUCUUAAAAACAACAGAAAAAAAUGCUUUUGAACAAAAGAAAAGAAACCCGGGUUAAAUUUAACCCUGGAUUAAGCACUAAUCGGCCUUCUACCAAAUAGGCCCUAAAUAUUAAAAGAGCAUAUCAAUUUCAGAUAUCUUUGAAAAUUUGACCUCGAUGUAUCGAAUGGUUUCGGAGAAAUUCUCUUUAAAAAACUCGAAAUUUUACAAAGAAUGUAUUGCUCAUUAACUUUUUUGCCACUCAGCAAUUUCGCAGUUUUCAAUGGCUGAUAUUUUCUUCAAUACUGCUUGCAAAGAGCUCCAAAUUGCACGAAUUGCUCAAGUUAACCAGGUGUGUCAACUCUUGAAUUUAAUUUUCGGCCACGACUUCCGGUGGCGGAUCCAGACCUUUAGAUAGGUGGGGGCGGGGGGGGGGGCGGUCAUCCAGACCCUCAGAUAAGGGAGGGGGCCCGGUCCCCCAAAAAAUUUUGUUAGGCCCUUCGGGCCUCAUUUUGGUCGAAUAAAAUAAGGAGGGGGCGGGCCCCCCGGGCCCCUCCUCUGGAUCCGCCACUGGCUUCUAUGAGUUAAGUCGUAUGCUCAUGAGGAAAAAUGUAUAUAAUGACGUCAGCAAAGAUUUCAGGAAAAGAUUCGCCUUCUUAAAAAGGGUCAAGUCGUUCAAAAGGUGGAUUGUGCUUUCGAGGGGAUAAAUGCUGGGAAGAGAAUUUAACUGGGCUGGAGGAAUACAACGAAUUUUGUCUUCCAGCGAGAAGAUAAGAUCCACAUAUCCCUAACCAGUCAUGCAUUACUCUGCUUCCAUGUAAAAUUAACAUGUCAUUCAGUAAAUAAGACAUCUCAGUGUUGGCACUAGAAUUGGACUUCAAGUCUCUUAUUUCCUAGCUACCGUGAGUCUGCCCAACGAAUCUCUAAGUCAAUAAAACAGUUGCCUCGUACACCUGUCCAAGAAGCCGCUGACUGGAUAGAAUACACGCAGGCUCAAGGUGGUUUGCCGUAUCUCAGACCGAGGGGACUGGAUCUACCAUUCUACCAGCUCUAUCUGUUGGAUAUCCUCUUACUCAUAUUUAUGGUUGUCUUGUCUGCUUUUAUCAUUGUAAGGUUUCUUUUUAGAUUCAUUACCAGCUUGUUUAUGGUUAAAACAAAGGAAAAGACACUAUAG